GUCCACUGCUAGCCAUGUAACGAUGUUGGACAUAUGACUAUUUUAGAUGCACACUCUGACGAGAUGGGGCUGCAGCAUUUGUGUCCACGCUAGCAAGGCGUGCCGCUGACAUGUGUGUGUGUAGGAAGUAGGCCGAGUCUCCAACGACAGCGUAGCCCGGCUGGGGGAUGAUCUGCAUUCUACAGCCAUGCCUGGCUGGGAUUUCUUGCUGAUUUGCCGAAAUGGCGUGAGCUGUAGUCAUCGCUGGCUGUCGUCUUCAAACUGUCAGACAUCUCGAGAAAAACAUGAGACCUGGAAGUCCUACUUGGAACAUGGCUUGGAGGCCAAAUUUCGAACAGCCAGGAUACAGGAUUUAUGCUACAGCGCUCCUAUGCGGUGGAAAGUCGCGACGUCUCGCCAGAACGAUGUCCUAUUCCCACCUCUUGAGCUUGCAAGAUCCAGCCAGCCUCAACAUGGGGGACAUGGCAAACACCCGACAUGCGGAAGGGAGCCCUGCGCUGAAACACGUAAAAUAUGCAAGGCAAGGUCGGCAGACUGCUCCUCGCCCGGGCGGACUACCCUAUUCGGAGACACUCUCGACAAUCAACUUGGGCUUGGGUCACACACCCUGUACGCCGCGGCAGGUAGAGAGGCAUUCAUGGCGAGCACAGAGCGGGUUGGCUCGCAUACUUGCCAGGACUAUUCGCUCAUAGCACGGCUAUGUCGACAGAACUUCACUUCGGCGUCGUCACAGGUGGUGCCUGAUGGUUGCAAAGGUCGGUGAAGGAGAUCUUCCGUUGAGGGAUCUCUGAGUGGGGAGAGCUGGGGCGGAGGUGAUAAGUAGCGCGUAGAUGACCGGAGGUCAACUCAAACCCUACGGGACAGGGAGGCCA